AUGAUUGAGUUGGACGACAAAGAGAACCAGUCGCCGCUGCGUCUCGGUUUUGGCAAGUCGCCCUCACCUAAGAAGUCGCGCAGUAAGAGCAUUGGACCCGGUGGUCUUGAUUCAGUCGCUGCGUCGGCAGUCAAGUCUAUCCUCCCCUCCAAGGAAGAUGAAGCCAAGAGGCGAGAAGCUCGUCGCAAAUCUCUUGCAAACCGCAGAGUCUCUUUCGCUCCCGAAGCGACCCUUCACACCUGGGAUGUCAUCGAAUACAUGCGCGACGCCACGGCCUCAUCUAACUCGUCAGACCAUGCACGAGCUCAACAACAAUUCGACUCAGAUCCCCCGUCUACCCCUCCUGAACAAGCCGACGAAGACGAAGACGACCUACCAGACUCGCCGGAACAUCAACGCGAUGCUCACCAGCAAAAGCGCCGUCGAAGCUCUGCCAUACCUCCCAUGAACUUCAACGACCUGGACGACUACUCUUCCUCCCCAGUCAGUGGCAGUAGCAAUGUCGAAGCUAGUAGCGACGUUGAAGAGGAUGUCGAGUCCGAAGAUGAUGGUGAUAGCACUGCCAUGAGUCUGGAUCAAGGCGACAAUACUCUGCUCUCAGAACAAUCUGGAGACAGCACUGGUUCCAGCGCACGCCUGGACGCUGCUUUGCGACAAGCUUCUGAUCAAGCUGGCACCCGUGGCAUCGAUUUCGAUGAGUACGGCGACAUGUCUAUGGAAAUGGCUGGUGACGAAAUCACAAAUGCCUUUAAGCCGUGGGCUCAAGGUCAGCAUUUUGCUGCCGAAGACCAAGAGAACAACAACCCCUUCGAUUCAGUAUUCCGCCCUGGACCCCAGCCUGGGGAAGACGAUGAGGAAGAAGGAGACGACGAUAUGAGCAUGGACAUGACACGCGCGGUAGGCCGCAUCAUACCUCAACAGCAACCUCAAGAGGAUCAAGAAGAGACAGAAGAUGAAGGCGACAUGACAAUGGAUAUGACCAAACCCAUGGGGACCAUCUGGACUGCCAACCAAUCGCAUCCACAAGCACAGGAAGUGGAGGAGGACGAGACACGCGAUAUGACUAUGGAUAUGACAAGACCAGUUGGUCGCAUUAUUCAGACUCAUCAACACCUGUACCAGCAAUCUCCUGAACGAACCGUGUCAUUCGGAGAUGAGACGAUGGACUUGACACAGGCAGUUGGAAAGAUCCACCAGUGGAACCCUCAAGCUCAGCCACCCCGCAGUGCUCUCAAGAGACGCUUCGAGAGUUUCGCAACAGAGGAUGUGGCUUCUCCUUCGAUCAAGAACCCCGUUUUCGAGGAACCCACAAGACGCACAGUGGCACAAGCACGCGAUGCGAAACGCAGACGCUCGUCUUCAUCACGCCAAUCUCUUGGUGAUGGCACUAUGGACUUGACAGUGGCAGUUGGUGCCAUCCAGCAGAGACAGCAAUCUCCCGUCAAGAAGGACAGACGUCUGAGUUCACGCAGCCGCCGAUCUUCUGGUGCAUCAUCUAUCAUGGAUGAGCAGACUAUGGACUUCACCAUGGCAGUUGGUGGUAUCAAACAGCAGCAACAAACCAAAUCUCCUCGGGAACCCUCAAUUAUCGAGGAAGAUGAUGGAGAGGAGAACGAGGACAUGUCAAUGGAAUUCACUGCUGUUGUAGGAAACAUCUUGAAGCAACACGCAGCCACAGCCAUCGAGCGUCCAGCCACGCCUCGCAAGUCUCCUUCACCCGUGAGAACCGAGAUACCGACGACUCCCAAGGAUCAAGAUCGCUUCAAGGAGACUAGAGAUCUCACGGCCAAAAAGCUCUUGACCCCUUUGUUCGAGAAGCAGGCUCCAGGCUCAGCAGUCAAAGACUCUGCCGGCUCAAGGAAAAGCUCUGCUCGCAAGUCUGCGUCGAAAGAGCCUACUCCGAGCCUUGGUUUCCUCAGUCCUGCUGUUUUCGCUUCUCCACGUAGAAGCCCGGCUUCAGCUCGCAAGAGCCCUUCAUCCGCGCAGAAGAUUCCGUCGGCACAACAGACUCCUGCAUCUGUGCAAAAGACUCCACUGUCUGCCCAGAAAAUCCCUUCAUCACCGCAUAAGACCCCUGCAUCUGCGCAAAAGACACCUUCGUCUGCGCGUAAGACACCCGUAUCAGCAACAAAAAGCCCUCACUUCGCCCACAAGGUUACCGAGUCUGUUCAGCACACACCAUUAGCUCAAACAAGCCCCAUCUCGGUCAAGCAAAAUGGCUCGGCUCAGAAGCCAGCCUCUGUACAUAAAAGCUCACCAUUAGUGGCACGUACCCCACCAUCUGCCAUGAAGAGCUCGGUUUCGAAGUCCUCGUCACGGAAGAGUCCUGUCUCGACUCGUCGAAGUGCAAGGAUUAGCCUCGCAACUGUUCACCCUCAACGAGACGAGCACGCAGAAGAGGCCAUUCAUACUCCUUCGAGACCAGCAGAAACGGAAGAGUCAGCAGAAGAGAUGCAGAUUGAUCAAUCCACCAAGGAGGCGUCUCUUGUGCCCGAACAAGAAGUCCAUGACGAACCAAUGGGCGAAGUUAGCUACCCUGCCCUGCCUGUUCCACAACCCGAGCAGGAGCAGGCAAAAGAACAGGAACAACAACACGAGCACUCCACCGCAGAUACAUCGAAAACCACCGAGGCAACUACUACACCGCAAAUUACGCAAACACCUGCUGCACCAUCACCAGUGCACCAUCAUCCUGCAAUCUCCAUGGCUGGAUCCCCGAUACGCAGCCCAGCUGCUGCCACACCCAAGCAAAUCGACCUCGAGGAACUAAAUCCAACAUCACCCUCCCUCGAGAAGCAAUUGCGCAGCUCGCCGGUCAAGUUCGCGGCCACACCUGAACAACAGAAGCAAUACCACGAAGAGCCUCGCAGUACGUUUGCAGACUCAAUCAAAUUCUUGUCAACACCGAGCAAGGAGACCGGCACCAGCCCGUUGAAGCGUCUGCGAGCUUUGACUCCCAAGAAGUCUCCGGCGAAGAAGGCAAUGACCCCAAGAAAGAUUGCUACACCAAAACUGUCUACACCGUUCAUCGUUCAGAACAAGAAUGCACCCGGGCUUCUCGAUCUCGAAGCUGCCAAGAACAUCUUUGCUGCUCCCAAGACUGGGCCUCCAGCAAAGAAGGUACAAUUGAAUGAGUUCCUUGACCUUGCGGGCAUCAAAUUCAUGGAUUUGACUGCAUCCAAGCGUAGACACACUGUCGCUCCUACACCUAGUGAGCCACAUGGAGCUGACAGAGAAGACCAGAACAUUGACCUUGAAGGAGCUGUUGUGGCAGGUGCGUGCACAAUGCCAAUGCUUGACCUCUUCCAGCAUGCCUGCCGUGAACUUAAGCGCUACAUCUCCGAAGGCAAGUCUUUCCUCAAGACACUGGAAGCUGAGGUUUAUGAGGAACCUCCACCAUUCUUCCAGGCUUAUAUGGACGCUACGCCUGAUCGCAAGGCUCAGCUGGAUAUCAACAUGAGAGAUGCCAAGACGAAUGCGAGAAUGAGAAGUAAGGAGAUCUGGUACGACUGGCGCAGCAAGCUUCUGGACGGUCUUCUGGAUGGUCUGAACAGGAUCAAGACUGGCCUCGAAGCCGAUGCCGAGAUUUUGGGACGAAAGCAAGAGUCGCUUGAUUCUGAAUUGCCUGAUCUCCUCCAACACUACGAAGAUCUAUUGAAAGAGGCCGAACAACUGGAGCAAGCUGCUGCUGCUACUUCCGAAGAAGAGAAGGAGGAGUUGCGCGCUUCUCGUGCUCGUCUUGUAGAAGUGGAUGAGCAGAUUGAAGAGCGCAAGCGCAUGCUGGCUGACCUCCAGCGUGAUAUUGAUGAGCAAGACAAUCUCGCUGAAGCUUACGAAGAAGGCAAAGCCGAGAGUCUGGCUGCCAUUCAAGAGGCUGAGCGUGUCAAGGAGUCAUGUCGUGGUUUCACUGUGGAAGAAGUGCAAUCACUCAAGGCAUCAGUAGCUCAGCUUGAGAAGCAAACAGGCUGGGCAGUCGCUUCAGCCUCAGGCGCCAAUCUCACCAUGACCUACAAAAACACUCUUCAGCUCUAUUUCAACACUACCUCUUUCAAGGUCAACGCAUCAUCGCCAGCAACAACCCCUAUGAAUUCGCCCAUCUCCCUCACACAUAUUACUCCCGCUACGUUGACCACCGAACAACGCUUCUUCCUCCAACUCAUGCGUGCGCAACUUCAGUGCCUGGAUCAAAACACUAUCUCAUUGAAGCAAUUGCUCGGUUUUGUACAGAGAGGAUGGGACACGGCAUCGCUCAUAGCCGAGCAAGUCCGUCGUCUGACUCUCGAGCAGAUGGUCAAUGUCAGUAUCCUUAGCGAUGAGCGUCUUGCUGUUGAUAUUUCGGUCCUGCUUCCUAAGGUUGAGACGAAGGUCAAGGUGGGCGUCCAAUUGACAGCCACUCUAUCCGACCCAGAGGCAGAGGACUUGGAUAUCAAGAACGAGAUUGACGUUGAUGCCAAAGUCGUGUAUGGUGAACCUUACAACGAAAAGAACAUGUCCGAAUUCGUUGGCAAGCGGGUCAGAGGACAAGGCUUCGUGGGCUGGGAUGAAACCAUCAGAGAGUUGAGGAUGAGGCUCGUUGCUACCGGACGCAAGGGUCGUUGA